ACUGCAGGAGAAGUGAAGAUUCAUACUAUAAGAGACACAGUUCUGGAGACAACUAGGAGGAAAUUUAGGGGAAAAUACCCCUAACUAUCAGCAGAAGAGCUCUGAACCGCUUCAGAGAUACAAACCAUGCAUUCCAGAAGCAACAGCACCGAAAGCCCAACCAGACCAAAGCUGAGCCAGCCAAGGCCAAAAGAUCAGCGUAAGGAAGAGGCUGGUUACAGUGGGAGAGGAAAUGUGCAAAGGCAGCAGAAAGAGAAGGACGAGGGAGCCCAAGCCAGUACAAUCCUAAGAAGCCCUAAGGCAGAGAAAAAACAAAGAAGUUCUUUCAAGAAAAGGGAGGAUCUCUCUCGUGAUGACUUGCUAUUUCUUCUUAGUGUCCUCGAGGGUGAAUUACAGGCCCAAGAUGAAGUUAUAGGAGUACUUAAGGCUGAAAAAAUUGACUUGGCUUUGCUUGAAGCACAAUAUGGCUUUGUUACUCCCAAGAAGGUGUUAGAGGCACUCCAGCGAGAUGCUAUUCAAACAAAGGCUGAGCAAUGGCAAGAAGAUAUCUAUGAAAAACCUAUGGGAGAGCUUGAUAAAGUUGUAGAGAAACAGAAAGAAACUCACAGACGAAUGCUGGAUCAACUUGUAAUGGUAGAAAAAUCACACAGACAGACACUGUAUGAACUAGAGGAAGAGAAGAGGAAGCACAGCAAAUACAUGGAAAAAAGUGAUGAGUUUACAAACUUGCUGGAACAAGAAUGUGAAAGAUUGAAAAAGCUUCUUGAACAAGAAACAGCAUAUCAGGCAAAAAAAGAGAAGGAAAACAACAAAAAAAUUGCUAAACUGAAAGAAGAAUUAACUAAACUGAAAUCCUUUGCUUUAAUGGUGGUGGAUGAACAGCAAAGACUCACUGAGCAGUUGAAUCAACAAAGUAAAAAAAUUCAAGAGUUAACCACUUCUACAGAGCAAGCACACGAGAAGCUGGCUUUUGCUGAAGCAAAAAUUCAAGAAGAGAAACAGAGAGCCAGCAGGCUGGAGGCUGAACUUCAAGCCCAAAGCAAUAAGAUUUCCCAAGACCAAGAAGCAAUGAUGGCCAAACUAACCAACGAAGACAGUCAGAAUCGCCAGCUCCGGUUAAAAUUAACUGCUCUCACCAGACAAAUCGAUGAGCUGGAAGAGACCAACAAAUCUCUACGAAAAGCAGAAGAAGAACUGCAAGACCUAAGGGAUAAGAUAAGUAAGGGAGAGUGUGGGAAUGCCACACUUAUGACUGAAGUAGAAGAACUACGUAAGCGACUGCUGGAGAUGGAAGGAAAAGACGAAGAGCUCAUAAAAAUGGAAGAUCAGUGCAGAGAACUUAACAGAAAGUUAGAAAAAGAAGCAUCACAGAGCAAGAACCUUAAAGGGGAAGUUGAUAAACUUAACAAAAGAAUUAUGGAGCUGGAGAAACUAGAAGAUGCUUUCAACAAGAGUAAACAGGAAUGCUACUCCCUGAAAUGCAAUCUAGAAAGAGAAAAAAUGUUAACAAAGCAGCUGUCCCAUGAGCUGGACGGUUUAAAAGCUAGAGUUGGUGAGCUUGAAGCAGUUGAAAGUAAGUUAGAAAAAACUGAGUUUACACUCAAAGAAGAUUUGACAAAGCUGAAAAGCCUAACAGUGAUGCUUGUGGAUGAAAGAAAAACUAUGGGUGAAAAGAUAAAGCAAACAGAAGAAAAGCUUCAAGCUGCAACUUCUCAGCUUCAGGUGGAACAAAAUAAAGUGAUGUCAGUUACAGAAAAACUAAUUGAGGAAAGUAAAAAGGCACUGAAAUCAAAAUCUGAUGCAGAGGAAAAAAUGUCCAGUGUUACAAAAGAAAGAGAUGAACUGAAAAACAAACUCAAAGCAGAAGAAGAGAAAGGAAGUGAUCUUGUUUCUAAAGUGAAUAUUCUAAGAAAGAGACUCCAGUCACUGGAAGACGUUGAAAAAGAGUUUCUUAAAAGUAAAAUUAAGGAUGGUACUAAAUCUAGCACCUCCUUGCAGCAGGAAAACAACAUAAUCAAAGAGCUUUCUCAAGAAGUUGAGAGGCUUAAGCAGAAGCUCAAAGAAAUGAAGGCCGUAGAGGAUGAUCUUAUGAAAACUGAAGAUGAAUUUGAGUGUCUAGAACGAAAAUAUGUCAGUGAACGAGACAGAGCCAAGCUCCUCUCAGAGGAGCUGGAAGCUGUGAAAAUGGAAAUGGCUAGGUAUAAAUUAACAGAAAAGGCAGAGUCCAAUCAGGAGCAGCGCCUUUUUAAGAAGCUUAAAGAAGAGGAAGCUAAAUCGAGUCACCUUUCCAGAGAAGUAGAUGCACUGAAAGAGAAAAUGCAUGAGUACAUGGAAACAGAAGACCUCAUCUGCCACCUCCGAGGUGAUCAUUCAGUCUUACAGAGGAAACUCCUCCAGCAAGAAAACAAAAACAGGGACUUAGCAAGAGAGAUGGAAAGCCUCAGGAAAGAGGUGGAAAGGUACAGAUCCUUCAGCAAGAACUUCAGGCCCGGUCACAACGGAAGGAGAGUUUCUGAUGUGCAAGUUUUUUCUAAAGAAAUCCAAACAGAUCCAGCAGACAAUGAACCACCCGACUACAAAACACUCCUGCCUUUAGAGAGAACAGUCAUAAAUGGGCAGCUCUAUGAAGACAGUGAUAACGAGGACAAAGGCAAUCAUGAGGAGGAACAAACAGUGUCUUUCAAAAGCAACUCAUCCACUGCAAAUGCCAUAAACAAAAAAUUAUGGAUCCCUUGGAUGAAGUCCAAAGAGAGCCAUCCUCAAAAUGGAAAGAUACAUACAAAGCAAAAUGGAAACUGUGCACAGACUGGAGAUCUAGUGCUAAGCCACACACCUGGCCAACCUCUUCACAUAAAAGUAACUCCAGACCAUGGACAGAACACAGCAACCCUUGAAAUAACUAGUCCUACCACUGAAAGCCCUCACUCCUACAAAAGCACGGCAGUUAUACCCAACUGUGGCACUCCAAAGCAAAGAAUAACCAUUAUUCAAAACGCCUCCUUAACACCUGUAAAAUCAAAAGCAGGAGAAGGUUACAUGACCCCAGAGCACGUAAUUUCUCCUAUUACUAUGACUACUUUUGCAAGAUCUCAAACUCCUGAAUCGUGUGGUUCUAUAACUCCUGAAAGAACAAUGUCCCCUUUGGCUUUACCCGGUUCAAGUUCUCAGGAACAAACUCUCUCCCCGGAGCCUUUGGAAAUGGGAGCCAAGCAUGCUGUUUUUAGAGUAGCCCCAGAGAGGCAGUCAUCAUGGCAGUUUCAGAGAUCUAACAGUACAGGAUCAAGUGUAAUAACUACUGAGGAUAACAAAAUCCACAUUCAUUUAGGAAGUCCUUACGUCCAAGCUCUCACCAGUUCCAAGCCCAUCAGCCCUUGUAAUCCAGUGCAAGACAACAGAACUCCAGCACUAGCCAAUGGCCUACCCAAUAAGCCCACCAAUAAAAUCACCAGCAGUAUUACUAUCACACCAACAGCCACUCCUCUUCCACGGCAAUCACAAAUUACAAUCACCAACGCGUUCCGUCGGUCGGUUCCAACUCGGAUCCCCAAACCAAAGCCCACCAGCACAGCCAAAGCACCUGCCAAAACUCCUGCUGGACACCUCAACAAACCGCUCCAAGACAGCACUGCUGGAAAGAUACACAUUAUAAGGACUGUGUCUAAAGCCUGCCUUCAAAGUGGAGGGAAAAGAGUGCAUUCCAACAGUCUAAAUGGCUCAACAGAUAAUUCCUGGGAAAACUCCUUUCACAUAGGCGUUUCUUUAAGAACUGCCAAAUCCUAAUUCCUAAGUAAAGCAAAAGCUGGUGGUGAUCACAGUGCCAUAGCCAGAACUGCAGUCUUUUUGCUGGAGCAAGGAAAGAUUUUGCUGCAUUCAGUUACCGGAUUUAACCCUUUUAUUUCACAUCUGAAAGUUUAACUUAACCACUGAGACAGUCCAACAGGUUAGCACUGCUGUGUGACUAUUUUUGCAAACCUGUAAGAAACCUAUGCCUCCCUCAACAGCUUCACAAGAAGUUCUCUAAAAGUACUUAAGAAAAAAUUUAGAAAGAUCAGUCUACUGAAAAAUUAUUUCAGCUUGUGUCACACCAGACACACCUGUGUCAAAAUGGAGACAUUAAAAAAUUACUUUUCCAUAAUAAAAAGGAAAGGCUUCCAGUUUUAUUCGUUAAAUCUGCAGCUACCAAGUUCAAGACUCCAUGUCAUGUAUGUCCAGAUCCAAAUACAGUUCACAGAAGCACACCGCUAAACAUUCUGCAACCUGCAAAACCAAGUGUAUAUAAAUGUGAGGAAACACAGAUUUCAAAAAGCAGUUGUCCACUUGGCCUGCUUACCAGAGAGAUCUUCAAAUACAUGACCAAAUUCAAUCAGAAGGGACAGCAGCUCACUGAUGAGCCAGAAAAAAAAAAAGAUGCAAACCUCUCCAUAUACAGGUCCACCAACACAGCUACAGUCAAGCACCAGUGCUCCCACUGAAUGCACUGCAAGGAACAGCUUCUCAGUAGCUGUAAAUCACACAUCACAAAUUGAUGCUACCUGGCAUCCUUUACAGCCAAUCAACAAAAAGAAAAGAAAACCUCUGGGAAAAGAAAUCAAUUCCCACAACAGCAUCCUUUGCUUUAGAGUCCACAGAACACUGCCAAUCAUCCUCCAUGGCCCCAUGUUAUACUUCUCACCUAUUUGUACUGCUGCCAUACAAGAGUUUCUGUCUCUUGCUCCUCUCUUGCGAUGAUAUGGUUAAUUCCUACCUGUGAGGGACACGGCCCACAAAGACUCUUAACGAUCUAAAACCGAAGAACAGGGAUAUUACAUUUCUAUGGGAUGAAGGGAGAUAAAGAAAGCAUGGAGAAUGAAAGACAAGGAGUGGUAACAUAAAAGGAGGAAACUGGAAGAAUUUCUGAUAAAUAGAGGUACAUCCCUCUCCCUCAAACUGCUUGGGAGACGUGGCAUGCUGGCUACAGGCAAGAUAUGGACAUUUAUAGCGCUGUGAGAAGUGCUCUUUCUGUUCAUGGAGAGAAGAGGAAAAACUUGGUUUCUUUCACCAGUACAACACUCCUCCUUAUUCCCUAUCUUCUCCCUUCUAACUCUGAAUGCAAUAUAAAAAUCCUACUAAAGACUGGACAGAGUUGUGACAUGAUCUGGAAAAAAGGGAGGUAAGGAAGUCCUGCAGUUGCAUGACAUGGGGCAUGUGUAACACUAAACAACACUGCACUGCUAAGUAGAGAAUAAUCCCUAACCACUCUCUCCACACUUCUCCUCUCAAAGUUAAAGGGUUGAUGAAGAAGUUAUUGGGCAAGACUCUUUAGUUUGUGUCAUGUGACAAGGUAAACAGAUGGAUAAUCCCUUCAGGGUUUUUUUCUUGGGUCUUGUGGUUUUUUUUUUUUACAUCUAUAAACCACCUGCGGCAGGGUAAACUUUCAUGUCUCACAGGGACAGUAACUACCUUUAAUCUUUAAUAUGGAUUCUAAAAUAACGAUUUCCAAUGAUGUGGUCAAAAGCAAAUUUAGAAUUAUUUAUAUGUCCAUAAACUAGGAUAUGUAUUUAUAUGUAGAUUGUGUUUUCAUACUCUUUAAGUGAAGGGUAUGAAAGAUGUUCAUGCUCAUCUUAAAAGUAGCCUUUUCUAACUACAAGUUGCUAAAACCUAAGGCACUUUUGAGGGCUGAGUUUUUAGGAAGAAUGUUCUGUUGGUCAGAAUUUAUUCUAAGGUUAAUCAUAAAGGAUCUGGCAAAAGAUCAGUGUUUAAAGAUUACAUUUCAAAUUCUCCUGUGCAUCUAGUAUUGUGGCAGAAAUGCUAUUUUAAAACAAGCCAAAAAAUGAAGAUGAAUAGUAAAUAUUUUUUUUAAAAUGAAGCGAUGUUUCAUGGAGAUAAAACUGAUCAAGUCUGUAAAAGGUGCUCAUUACUUUUCUUGUAUUGCUGCUUACAUUGUACAUUGUAACCCCGAUUUCUUCUUUCAUGCCAAAUGAUUUUAAUGCAUUUUACAGUAUCCAUAAGAUACAGUACAAAUUAACCUUUGAUUUUACAUGUUUUACGUGAAAAAUAGCUACACAAAAUAAAAGUAACAGAUAUUCUUACU